CGAGAUUCUGAAAAUCGACCGCACGAUAAGCCGCUGCCCUCUUUGCGACCGAACGGAGUAGUUUAUGACCAAUUGAGCCAGCAUCAUGGAGCUCCGUUCAGCACUCCAGUCCGUCUGCCGCACGACGGCAGCGGCCGCCUCUGCCAGCGCCCGGUCCAGCCUCGCCGGUCGCCAUGCCUUCUCUACCAGCGCCCGCGUCCAACUGCAGCCACCGCCCAACCCCUACGUCUCGGGCAAAUCGCGCAUCGAGACUCUGCGAGCGGCUCUCUCGAACCGGAAGCCCGCCGCCGGCGCCGCCGCUGGUGGUAGCCCUGGCGCUACCUCUUCAUCCUCUGCUCUCCCUCCCCGUCCUCCCACUGCCAACGACAGCCCUUGGUCUAUUGUCGAUGCCAUCAACAAGGAUAGCAGUAGCAGCACUUCCUCCACCUCCUCCUCCGGCGCCCUCUACUCCUCCUCCAAGCCCUCGCCCAUGCAGACCUGGAACGAAACCGAUUUCGAGACCCGGCACAUGGCUCCCCAGCAGGAGCUCAACAUUCGUCUCCGCCCAUCAACCGGCAGGACGUUCUACGUGUCCGGACAUCAAGAUUUUGCGGGCGCGCUGAAACAGCUGCACAGGACGGUUGCGGCGAACAAGGUGAAGAAGGACGUGCGGUUGCAGAGGUUCCACGAGCGUCCGGCGCUCAAGAGGAAGAGAAACUUGAGAGAGAGGUGGAGGGCUCGCUUCAAGGAGGGCUUCAAGGCCGCGGUCAACAGGACCUUUGAGUUGAAGAACCAGGGAUGGUAAACAAAUCCCUUGGGG